AGCCCCACGGUCGGUUCCAAAAUCCAAAUACCCAAGUCAGUCGGAUGCGGGUCUAAUUACUACAAAACUUGAAGUUUCAUUCGACUGACGGUUUAAAAGUUUGAAAACCAUAGUAACCGACCCGACUGAAACUACUGUAUCAUCUGCGGGAAAAAAGAGUGUACCUGGUGCCCAGAGUCAAAGAGAGAGAGAGAGAGAGAGUAGCGUAAUUGGAAGGAUGAUGAAAUUGUUCGAUGCACACUGUCACCUUCAAGACCCAAGAAUAAUUAGCAAGGCACCAGAGCUGAUUGCUACAGCUCUUGACACUGGUGUUGUUCGUUUUGCCGUUAAUGGAGUCUCCGAGAAAGAUUGGCAUUUGGUGAAGCAGAUGGGUGAGAACUACCCUUCUGUAAUUCCAUGCUUUGGGCUUCAUCCAUGGUUUGUUGCUGAGAGAACUCCCAACUGGUUCAACACAUUGAAGGAAUGCCUUGAGUCCACUCCCUCUGCUGCUGUUGGAGAGAUUGGUUUGGAUAAAGGUUCACAUGGAAAACAGAUUGAUUUCACGGUUCAGGUUUUGCUAUCCCAAAAUUUUUGUUGCUUAAUGAUUUUUCAUAAUUAUUUAUUCCAGAUUGAAGUGUUCCGGCAACAACUUGAGCUUGCAAAAGAGUUGAAAAGGCCAGCAUCCAUUCAUUGCGUUCGUGCAUUUGGCGAUCUUCUUCAGAUAAUGAAAUCUAUGGGACCUUUUCCUGCUGGCUUUAUUCUUCAUUCGUACUUGGGCUCAGGUGAAAUGGUACCAGAAUUUGCCAAGCUUGGUGCUUACUUUUCAUUCUCUGGAUUUCUUAUGUCCUUAGAAGCUCGGAAAGCAAAGAAAAUGUUAAAGGCGGUACCUUCUGAAAGGAUUUUAUUGGAGACAGAUGCACCUGAUGCACUACCAAAGUCAGAACUAGGUUCACUGUUUCUGAUUGAUGGAGAUCCUUCCAUCCCUGAAGAGCUCCAACGGCAAGGGGGAAAAUUAAGCACUUCAAGUGAUCUGACCCGUGAUGAAAAAGAUGCAUCAACACUGCCAAAAGAGACAUUUAAUCAUCCAGCAAACAUUCAGAAUGUACUCAGUUAUGUUGCAUCUUUUCUUGAUAUGACCAAGGAAGAACUUGCAGAGAUUAGUUACAAGAAUGCAGUGCACCUGUUCUCUUAUGAUGGUUCAAAAGUACUCCAAGAAAAUUAAUUACAGUUUUUCAUUAUAUACAAGUACCAGGAACAAAAAUGUUUUUUCCUUUUAACUUAUUUGUUAUCUAAAAAUGUAAUAUACAUACCACCUCCUGGAUUGUCAUACAAAACUAUUAUUGCUUCAAAAUCAAAUUAUAUGCAA